AUGUCCCAGGUGGCGGUGGGUGCGCAUCGGCAUUCUCACCACGCUGUACGCGCUCGCCGAAGCGGGCUGGCUCGGCCUGCUCCUCCUCAUCCCUCCUCACCCCUUCCCUUUCCCUUCUUUCCCCCAUUCCCCCACCUUCCUCCCCUGUCACCAGGCAUCGGCAUCCUAACAACGCCCUACGCGCUCGCCCAGGCGGGCUGGCUCGGCUUGCUCCUUCUGCCCGCCACGUCCCUCCUCUACCUCCUCACCGCGCGCCUCCUCCGCGCCUGCAUGGACCACACACCAUCCACCGAUCCCCACACCUCUACCACCGCAUCCCACACCGCCACAACCCCUCCCCACACCUCCACCACCGCACUCCACACCUCCACAAUCACCACCUACCCGGACAUUGGCACGGCAGCGUUCGGCCGCGUGGGCCGUAUCGUCACGUCUCUCCUGCUCUACGGGGAGCUCUUCGCCGUGUCGGUCGAGCUGCUCAUCCUCGAAGGGGACUCUCUCGCCUUUCUGUUCCCCUCCUUCGCCCCACACGGCGUCUCCCUGGGGUCCUCCCUCCGCCUGUCCGCCAACCAGGUGUUUCUGAUCAUCGCAGCACUCAUUGUUCUCCCCACUGUGUGGCUGAGAAAGAUGUCUCUGCUCGCAUAUGUGUCGGUAGGGGGGCUGCUUGCAGCGCUGGUGACGGUGGUGGGAGUGGCGUGGGUGGCGGCCGUGGGAACAGACGAUGCAGGCUCUGCUGCUGCCGCUGCCUCGUCUGCCUCUGCUUCUGCAGCAGCAGCAGCUGCAGCAGCAGCGCGUGGGGGAUCGGCGUUGCUGCGGGUGCAGGGGAUACCGGUGGCGAUGGGGAUAUUCGGGUUCUGCUUCUCAGGGCAUGCUGUCUUCCCCACCAUCUACCGCUCCAUGGACAAGCCACAACACUUCAACUGGGUUCUCCUCAUCUGCUUCACCGUCUGCACGUGCAUUUAUGGCGGAAUCGCCAUUCUCGGCUAUUCCAUGUACGGACAAGGCACUGCCGCCCAGAUCACGCUCAACCUGCCGCCCGCCCUCACGCCCUCCCGCAUAGUCCUCUGGACCACCAUCAUCUCUCCCAUAACCAAAUUCGCCAUCACCAUCACCCCUGUCGCUCUCGCCCUCGAGUCCUCCCUCUCCUCCCACCUCUCCAACCUCUCCCCUCCCAACCUCGCCUCCUGUACCCCUUACUGUGUGCCUCGCUUCAAGCACAGAGGCUGCAGCUGCAACUGCAAACACACUCUGCUCCCUCUCUCCUGGCUCUCAAGAUUUCCUGGCUUUAACAGAAUGAGGAUCAGCGGCAAGACAUUUGUUUCCCUAACUGUGAGGACCCUACUGGUGGUGCUGGUGGCAGCGGCGGGAUUGCUGCUUCCUUUCUUCGCCCUGGUCAUGACUCUCACGGGCUCGCUUCUCAGCAUCUCCAUCUCGCUGCUCCUCCCCACCGCCUGCCACCUCAGCAUCAAGUGGCGCCAGCUGUCGCGCGCGUCAGUUGCAUGCCACGUGGCGAUUCUCCUGGGAGGGACGGCGGCGGCUGUGACAGGGACGGUCUAUGCCGUCAGGGGGAUUGCUGCUGGUGGUGGUGGGUCGCAUUAG